UCUUCAAAGAAAAGUGGAUUGGCACUAAUGGACCUACCUAUUCAGUGGCUUCCGAGGUCACCAGAUCGUGCUCCGCUAGAUUUUUCUUUGGGGACAAUUAAAAAGCAGGUGUAUUCAAUUACGUCAGCUGCUCGCGAAGAACUGGAGCAUAAAGCAAAGGCAACAUUCCCGAUAAUCACUCAUCACAGUUAAGCAAUGUGGUGCAAGCAACAAUCGAUAAUGUUGAACUUUGACGUGAUCAAGGAGGAGACCAUUUUGAAUACUUGGAACCCU